CUAUUUUACAUUAGCUCCAUUUUCCAUUUCCUGUGCCUUUGCGCUGCUGCUGCUGCUGCUUCUUGCAUACGUUUCGUACUUCCUGCAUGCUCCGGCUCUGCUGCUUCUCAACCUCCAACUCGCCGCACAUUUGACUGAUAUCUUGUCACUACGUCGUUCCUUUUGCGAUUCAGAUUCAGCCAAAAAGCACAGCAAAUCAAGAGAUCAAAAAGAAGUAAAAUAAAAGGGAAAAAAAAAGAAAGCGUGAAUCUCCUACGACUCGUCACGACUGCUACGAAUGAUAUUUCAUGCUUGGUUGCGUUGUUGCGUUCUCGUCGCCUAAUCUCUCGACCCGCAGUCAAUGUACUCAGUCCACCAAGUACCAAACAUCGAAAGCUCUUCCGGUCUCGUUUGACAUUUCUGGGAAAUACCAAGACGCGACUUGACUGACCGCUCCUUGUACGGUUUGCUCUCUUUUAAUUUAUUUCUCCCCUUCCAUGCUUGAGCAGGCUCCGCGAGUGAUCCACGGCGAGACGCAGUUCUCGCAGUCCACUGUGGGCAGCCCCAUUUUCUUGACCUUGACCGGUUGUACCUCCUUUUGCGGACGUUGUUUUCUGACACGAAAAAGGACAAGGAUACCAAACAAGUGCUUCCGUGUACAAUUACCUACGAUUGCAUUUGAAUUUUUCUGAGCGUUGUGUAUGCUUUCACGUUAUUGACGACGCCGGGUUAGAUCAUUUGACCUAGACUUUUGUUGCUGUUAUAUUGAAUGAGCUCCGAAGAACGCGACACGUUGCUACUUUGAGUGGCAUUGCUGAAGAGCCAGUUGAUAUUCGACGCGUACGAGACUCACGAUCCAUAUACGAUCCUCGCUUCGCCCUAAUUUUUCCUUCGCGACCACCGCUCGUUUGAAGGACCUGCUAUCCAUUACCAAUUUCUGUCCAAAAAAAUUUCGUUUCGGACCGGAAAGCUGGAGCUGCCGUCGAUAUCCCAAGUUCACACCCGCAACCCCGUUGAUAUCCCGUUUUACAAUCAUCACGCGUCUCAAAGACCUCUCUUUGGAAACCCAUCAAUCUCGGGCUUAAAGCACGACGUUUCUGGGUCACCUACGUCAAUUCCCGCAGCAACACAUCCUGGUGGUCCAGGAUCUGAGCUUUCAAGCCACUCUCCGCCUCUAUCUGAGCCGAAAGUAUCUCAGUCAUCAUUGGCUGAGAGGACUGGAGGGGUCAAUCACAGGCCUCCUUUGGAAUCCACGCGCCAGACAGAUUACGUGGGCGCAGGGGAGAGUUAUCUCCAGAGUUCAACGAAUUUGGGAACCAUGAACCAAACUCAGUCAUAUAUGGACGUACAUUCGUCACAUUUACCUUCGGCGCAGGCAUAUACGUCCCAACCCGGGGCUGUUGAAACACUAUCACACUAUCCGUAUCAACAGCCUCCUCUUUUACAGCCUGGACCCACCGCUUAUGCACCAACGACCAGCGCAUACCCGUAUGGUUAUUCGAACCCUGUUACCUCCCCUCAGUCAAGCAGCCAACCAGUGACAAAUUCCCUCGCUCCACAUGCUCCUGCUCAGAUUUUACCUUUACCUGCUAUGACGACUACUCCAAAUCCCCACGGAUAUGCUGGAUCUAAUACCCAUACUCCGCCUUAUAAUGUGCCUCAUACUUUUGACACUACCGGCCAGGUAGCGCCUCCAGGAAUGAAACCAAGAGUGACUGCCACACUUUGGGAAGAUGAGGGUACUCUAUGUUUUCAAGUGGAAGCGAAGGGCGUCUGUGUCGCUCGUAGAGAAGAUAACCACAUGAUCAAUGGUACUAAAUUGUUAAAUGUUGCUGGGAUGACCAGAGGAAGGAGGGAUGGUAUUCUUAAGAGUGAAAAGGUCCGGCAUGUGGUUAAAAUCGGGCCCAUGCAUCUCAAGGGUGUCUGGAUUCCCUUUGAGCGUGCCCUUGAAUUUGCCAAUAAAGAGAAAAUUACAGACUUGCUUUACCCGCUGUUUGUUCAUAACAUUGGAGGUCUUUUGUACCAUCCAUCGAAUCAAACGAGGCCGAACUCGAUUGUUGCAGCCACUGAACGAAGACGGAUUGAGGCAAACCAGCAACAGAGUCGCUCUGUCCAAGGACCGCAACCACCACCGUUGCACCACCAUCACUCCAUGCACAACCCUGUUACUUCACAAGUUACCCAACCUUCCAGCCAGGCUCUCAUUCCUGCCGGUCGACCAAGUUUUGAACGUGCCCACACAUUUCCGACUCCUCCUGCGAGUGCCUCUAGUCUGGUGGGCGUGACAAAUCAGGGCAGCUCUUAUGAUUGGGCUGGAAAUGUCCAUAAUUCGCAUGCGUUAUCAAUUGAGACGGGAUUGGGUAAUUCGAGGUCGAUGCCAACCACUCCCGCAACAACACCUCCAAGCUCCAACUUGCAAAGCAUGCAAUCGUACCAAAGCCAGCAGACAUAUGACUCCAAAUCAUAUUACCCUUCCGCCCCCUCCAGCCAGCCCCCCUUUACCUCACAACAGCCAACCGCUACCCAGAAUAUGUCCAGGUAUGUGAGACAAGGCUCGACGACUUUUGAACGAGCUAUGACUACCGGAAAUGAUUCGGACCUACGGCAUACUAACAAAUAUCUACACAGCCAGGGAAAUGGGCAAGUGACCCAUGGUACAGCAGUAGGAGAGGGAGGACAAGAGCAUGAGAGUGAAUAUAUCAACGACACCAACGGUCCCUAUAGCGGCAAUCGUGGAUCUUACAAUUACAGCACUGGUCAUUCUAGCAGCAAUUUGCAUGGAGAGCCUACCCAUUUAUCCUCCGAUAUUACGAACUCGGCGUCCAGCACAAAUGGGACUGAUAGGAUAGGUUCAAGGCCAAGUGCACAGAGCCAGUGGACACCCGGUUACUCAACUCCACGCCUCGGACCGCCCAGCAGCCUAUAUAAUGUUGUCAGUGAUACAAGGAGCACUCCCGCAAACGGUCCUGGGGGAGAUACUUACUCUGCUUCGUCAAACUCGGCGUCUGUCUACCCGUCUUCGGGUUUGAACGGUUCCGGUAAGCGUUCCAGGGACGAUGACGAUCAAGAGGAAACUUCCCGAGCCGACAGCCAACAUUGCGAGGUUAGUUACGAGCACAAACGGCGAAAAACACUUACCGAAAACCCUAUCGGGGGCCCCGUGGGCGGCGCAUCGCUUGCUCUCCAGAGCUUGAAGAAUGGGGGUAUGCCACGCCGCCGUUAAGAACCAUCGGGUACUCGCACCACCCUAUGGUGAUUAUAUGGUGAACCGGAAAUUUACCAUGUUCGGAUGGGUUCGUUCUCCUCUCCUCAGCUCUCGAACCAUCUUUUUUAGCGGCGACGUACCACGGUCCCUGUCAUCAUGUUUCCGCUAUCACUUAGUGGUGUGGCGAGAAAUUAUAAUUGCGAAUUCAGUAAUCGGACUAUUUUUGAACGCUACCUCACGAUGCAUCUAUUCAAUCCGUUGCUGACAUUAUAUUCCUCAAAGUCUCGGCUACUUACAUCGUUGUCGGUAGCCGCGAAAUCGAGAGUCAAUCCCUAGAGUUUAAGGGACAGCAGCCCAAUAUAUCGCUUUAUACAGUUACUAUGCCUCCCCUUUACUGCCGAGUUUCUCGGGAUAUUAAAUGAUCGUGAUAUUCAGCCUAGCCAUGUAAUCAAGGCGAUGUUGUGCUCUUUUCUCUUGAAGACCGUGGUUUAAGCACCGGCUCGUUGAAAUAUUUGUCUUCGCGUUUUCACUUAUUGUCUCUUCCUUCUCCACACUAAACUGUCUCAACCUCUACAAUUCACCUUUUGCUGUUCAAUCCUCGCCGCUUAUCAUUCGUCAUUUAUAAAACAAAAAAAUUGAUGAUGAUGAUGACACGAAUCUCCUUGAUACAGAUGUUUUGUCUUCUGCUCAGCAAGCCUUUACUCUUUAGAUCGAGGCUGGUCAUCUGGUUUUUUGCACUCGAAUUUCUACUAAUUCUUCACUUUGAUGACUCGCAUGAGGAAAACGCUCGAUGAAUCUGCUACCCGGCUCUGUUAUGUUCCAGUCAGCGAGUUGUUCAAAAAGCGACUACACUUCCGAUGCAUUGGUGAUGCUUAUGAACUGGAGCGAAGAAUACUUUUUGUCUUUUCUAUGAAAGAAUUCCUCUUUGUUUGUUUUCUUCUUACAAGCCACUCUUACCUUUCUACUUCAAGAACUCCCUUUUGUUUUUUCUGAUCGGUCCCUUCCACUGCAUCUUUUUUGUUCCCCUUCCAACUAUACUCUCGUAUUUUUUUUUUUUUUUUAAAGUCUCUCUGAUGGGCCUGGUUGGUGCAGAUUUUGGAUUAAGGUGCGGUAUUUCCAUGUUCGUUUUAUCCUUUCGCCAUGUCAUAGAUCAAUGGGUGAAUGAAUGAAUGAUAUCAUGGCCUUUUCAAUUCAAACCAUCCUGUGUUUUUGUAUUCUUGUAGUUAUCUCUCGAUCUGUGUGUUGUUGGGCAUAACCGGCAUUUCACUCUGACAGCUCGCAAUGCCAUUGAAUUUCUGAUCGUUGUA